CGACACCAUAAAUGCACAUGGUCGUCACGUGAAAAUAGUGCGUUUUAGUUUUCAAAUCUGGAUGGCUAGCCAUGCAGGAAUUGAUUGCAGCGAAACCCGCGGAUCUACUCAGCACUUACUUCCGAAAAGCACUGCCUUUUCAUCCUGAUGUGGCAGAGGACAGGGAGAAGGCGUCCCAACGUUUCUGGCAGCUCUCAGAGGCUUAUUGGCGUUUGGCUGCUGGUUCUUCUGUGGUGCCGCAGGACUUUUCAGAGCAAGCCAUCCUUGAACUUUGGCUUCGCGAGUUUGCCUUUGAGGAGUCAGGGCUAGAACUCCCAGCCUUGAUUGCCAAAGAACUCCAGAUGUCCACUGCAUUGGAAAGGGAACAGCGGCACUACGAGGCCUGUACCCUCGCUCGAGGGCUGAUCCCUGGUGAACGUCUUCAGUGCGCAAUCUGCGGCUUCCAGGUCCGUUACCACGAGCAGAUGCGGGAACAUAUGGGAGAGCACGAGGGACUCCGUGGCUUUUGGGCAGAUCGAGCAAUCAAACUCUCUACCCAGUCACUUGGCCGAGCAGGUGCAUCAGAUGAUUCCACAUUUCAGCUUUCGGAUGGCUCUUGGGUGCAGUUCAAGGAUUUGCCAGAUGUUCAACUUCCGGAGCUUGAUACCAUUCAACCAGAUGAGGUUGUUUUGCGUCGGCUUCGAGAAGUACGACCAGGCAUCGCAGCGUACCUGGAGUCCGAAGGUGACCCAGACCUUUCUGCAGCACUACGCUAUGUGGAGGUGCCUACAUCUCCAGAUAGGUCCAGCAGAAAUCAGACAGGAGCCACCAGCAGACGUCGACGAAUUCCGAACCGGUGCAGAUGUGGAUUUAGCUGCGGUACCAAGGCUGCUCUAGAGCGCCAUUUUCUUCACUACGCCCACGAGCCCGGCUUUCACAAGCCGCUGUGAUUGUUGACAUCACAAGAAGGACACUUUGGUAGUUGUCGCCUCCAAAGACGAGGGUUACAAAACCAGCCCUUUGCGUGAAUUUGCACGAUGAUAACAUUCA